AUGAAUAUCGAAGGUCAUGUCAGAAACUUUGAAACACAUGAACUACCAGCAAUGUUAGACAGUAAAGCUGACAAGAACCAUACACAUACAAGUUUUACAACUGUUGCUAUAGAAAGUAUUGAAGGAACGGUUGAAGAAACUGGUGGGGAUGCAUUAUAUUGUAAACCUCCUAACUUUCCACAAGGUUUAACAUCGGAUGACGACAUAACGACGAUGAGAAACAUUAGAUGUAAAGAUGUUUAUGUCAUGAAGGAUGAACAUAAUAUUAAAUUCACUGCUCAAGAUUUAUAUGACAAGAAGGCUGACAAAACAGAGCUUCAAACAUUAAAGACUGAAAUACUUCAAACAUUAUAUCCUGCAGGCUCUAUUUAUACGUCAAUGAACUCAAUAAAUCCAGCAACAGUUCUGGGUUUCGGUACGUGGGAGCAGAUUGUAGAUAAAUUCUUAUACUGUGCGAACUCUUCAAAGCAAACAGGUGGUUCGAAGAAAAUUAAAGAAGCAAACCUUCCACCGCACACUCAUACAGGAACUACAAACACAACAGGUAGUCAUUCACAUUCAAUAACAAAAAGAGGUUAUACAAAUCUUGCAGCAGGUUCGGAUAGACAGGGAAUGCAUAGAUAUGAUAUUUCAAGCGACCCAGUAGAUUCAAGCGCAGGUAUUUUCUGUGGAACCACAGGAAAUCAUUCACACACUUUCACAACAAAUCCAACAGGCUCGGGUGCAGAUUAUAUGCCACCAUUUGUGACUAUAUUCGCAUGGUACCGCGUUCAAUGA